GGCUGUCGUCCCAAUCGUCGGGGUCUCGAGCUUUUGCUCGGGAGGUGUGCGAGGGUGUCAGAUAGAAUACGUCAUACGCAACUCAUCAACUUUAUCAAACAUUUAGAUACCGAAAUCACCUACUGCUCUAUAUAGUGAGUGGUUAUUAUUUAUUAAACUGUGUUUUAUUUAUUUUUAUUAUUUCAUCGUAAAUAUAAACAAGGAAGUUCUUCUUUUAAGUAGUAUCAAGUAUUAUAAGAAUAAGAACAAGAACAAGAACGGGAACGAGAGUUUAAGUAAUAGUGCACCUAGCAGAAGAAAUAGCUGAGACGAAAAGAAGAAAUAAAGUGAAUUAAUUUAAAAUAAAUAAAAAAAAAAAAAAAAAACAGUGAUAUGCUGGGGUUAAGAUUAAGAAUCAACAACCAAAACAUCUAGGCGGCAUGACCUUAGCAGGCGGGAAGAAAUCUAGCGAGAAGAAAUGGGAGGACGAGGAAAUAGUUGUCAGUGCACUUGCUGGGGAAGAUGUAAUUGUCGAGUUGAAAUUAAACCCCGAAGAUUCUCGAGAUCCUCAACACUUUUUACUUUUCCGUGGAGACCAAUUGAUGCCCUCAGAGCGCUACAGUGUUCAGCCACGUGGAAAUGUUGUCCAGUUAACGUUGAAACAGUCCCAGAAAGACGAUACCGGUCAAUACUCGUUGGUUGCCAAAAAAUUGACGACUAAUUACUCUGACUGUAACGAUAUUAGCAUUGAAGGAGUUAGGAAAAAAAUACGAAUGAAUAUUCGCGAAGCCAGUGAUGACCCUGAAGAGGGUGAACCUCCGAUAUUUGUACGAAGGCUCACGGACUUGGCUGUUAAAGUUGGUACGAGGACGCGGUUUCUUGUUGAAAUACGGAGCUCUUCAAGUCCAAAGGUAACAUGGCACCGAAACGACCAGCAGAUCCAAGCUGGCUCAAGAUUUUCCUUCGUUCACGAAGGAAACUUCUACUGCGUCGACGUAGCUCCAGUGAUGGUCGAAGACCAGGGCCACUGGACCUGCAUGGUGGAAAAUGUAUACGGAAGAUCAUCAUGUGUGUCUUGUCUCAGCGUUAUAGUGCCUAAAGCUUACAAGCGUCCAGAAUUUGUCGAAGAACUUCGAGCGAUUCUCACAGAAACUGGCACAGUUUCGCUGGAGUGCAAAGUUAUCGGGGUUCCAACGCCAGUUCUUAGGUGGUUUAAAGACAGCAAGGAGAUUAAAGCUGGAGAUGUUUUUGCGCUCACUGCUAAUGCUGAUGAUCCGACAUCUUUGGGUACUUACACCUGUCAGGCAGACAAUUGUAUGGGAACUGCAUAUUCUUCUUCCAAAGUUCAUGUGGUAGGAAGAGGAAGCAGAGAAGGUUCUCUAAGACCUGCGGAUACACUCAAACCUUCUGGACCUCUCCCAGUGUUCAAAAAAAUUCUGAACGACGAAUGUUGUAGAAUCGGCGACACCAUAACACUGACCUGCCAAGUCCAAGUUCCUCCCUGGCCCAAAGUGAUCACUUGGUACAACAAAGAAGGCAAAGUGGAACCGAGCGAAAAGUACCACGAAAUAGAAGACGGGUUAGGAACUUACUCCAUUGAAAUACGUGGUGUUGAAGCUAUGGACGAAGGCGAAUGGAAAUGCGUUGCUACCAGCGCUGAAAAUGUUAUGCAAUUCACGACUUGCUACGUCGCAAUGUCCGUCCCCAAGAACUACAGAAUGCCCCGUUUCAUGGAGAGUCUCAAAGCAGUCUUAACUGAAGAAGGUCUUGUGUCAUUUGAAUGCAAAGUCGUUGGCUUUCCCACCCCAUUCCUCAGAUGGUUCAAAGACGGCCAAGAAUUGAAACCCGGAGAUGUUUAUCAGCUCACUGGGACCAAUUCUUUAGGAUCUUACUGCUGCAUAGCCCGAAACUGUAUGGGCGAAGCUAAAAGCACAGCAGAGCUCACCGUGGAGGACAUUCAGAACCAGUUAAAUGAAGAAGAACGUCUUCAAUUACUGAGUUUCAACCAAGUUCCCAAGUUUAUAAAAGGCCUGCGGAGUUGCGAAGCGCGAAUUCACGAAAAUUUCACUUUCACCGUUCAAGUAACGGUAUCUCCCAAACCGACACUAUCCUGGUUCCGCGACGACGAAUUAAUCACCUCAAGUGAUAAAUACAAAAUAAUCCAAGAAGUUUUGGGCAAUUGUCACCUCGAAAUCCAAAAACUAGAAUUUUCCGACCAAGCUGAGUGGAAAUGCAUAGCCGAAAAUGACUUUGGUCACAGUAUAACUUCAUGUUUUCUAAAACUAAUAAUCCCGCGGCACUUUAAAAAGCCUAAAUUUCUCGAAAGCCUACGCGCCAUUUUGUCGGAAGAAGGCGCAGUUAAUCUAGAGUGCAAAGUUAUCGGCGUACCUCAGCCCGUAUUAAAGUGGUACAAAGAUGGCGCUGAAUUAAAACCGGGCGAUAUUCACCGUAUAAUUUCCGGGCAAGACGGAACUUGUUGCCUAGGAACUUACACAUGCGAAGCUACAAAUUGUAUGGGCUCAGUAAGCAGCUCAGCUUCAUUGCUAGGCUUUGAGGACCGCGUUUCCCUAAAAAAAGAAGAAACACAAGAACCAGUGUCUCCCCCACUCCACGAAUUAGCUAGAAACUUAUCACUGUCCACAAUUCAUGAAGAAAGAACGUCCCAAUUAUACGACACGCCUCAAACAGAUCAUUCAAUCACAAUGGACGAUCGCGGGGAAGUUUCCUUUAGUUUCGACGGAAAGGAAGUCUCCGUAAGUCUUUACGAGACUCCGGAUCUUACCGAAGAAGAAGCGAUUCAGAUUGUUGAGAUGUACGCUGACCAAUUGUCCGAACACAUUACAGAAGGGAAUAUAAUAGAGCUUCCUCCGAUGCGCUUUAUGAAAGAAACUUCAACUUCCGGGAACCUAUUAAUGGAAGCGGUUGUUAUUGACGUCUCUUCGGAUUAUUUUGUCGCGGAUGAAGAAGCUGAUGAUUUGCGAACAGAAGCAGAUGUAGAAGAUGUGUCUAUAAUGGACGAUCAAAUGCACAGCAUCCUUUCUUCAUAUUCUUCUCCUUUAGGAGCGGCUCAUGAUCAUGAGCAUUCUGGUGAAAGAACUCCCGUUGGUUCUCCCGUUGGUCCUCCAAGACCUCCAAGGAAGAAAGAAAGGUCUGGCAGUGGUUCUUCAAAGAGCGAAAAGAGUGAAAAGAGCCAACAUAGAGUCUUAGACUGGUCUGAAAGCUACCACAGCGCUAAAGAACCCUCAAUUCAAGCCCAAUUGUCGCUCCAGAGUCAAGACAGUGUUGAUGCCUUUGCUGACGCUUUGUCUUCUGAUGGACUAGCCAAAGUUUCCCGGGAGUACGACAGAGAAAUAGCUGCGAUUAUUAAUGAGGCUGAAAAGGGACUUAGUGAAGAAGUUUUUGCUGCUGCGUUUAAUGAAUCUGAUAAGAAGAAGAAGAAGAAACGUUCUAAAGGCGGUACUCCGAUGUUGUCUUCUAAAACUAGCUCUGAAGAGUCUUUCACGGUUAAUGCGGAUGGAAGUGAAGUGGGGAAAAGUAAAAGAAGUAAAGAGGGAAGAAAAAGAGAUCGGAAAGACAGCGCGGGAAGUAAUGGAAGUGUUAAAGAAAGAGGAAAAAGAACUAGAAGUCGGGAAGUGGAAAAGAGCUUGAUGAUUGAGGAUAUAAGAGUGGAAAGAAGCGAAGAAUUUAAAACUCCCGACUUGUUUAGCCAAGCGGAGAUUAAGUACAUUGAUGAGGAUGAUAAAUUGUCGACUGCUUCGUCAUUUGCGACUGCUGGAGACGUUUCUGAGUCUAAAUCUACGACGAGGAGUCAGAAAGAACGGUUGUAUGAAAGGAUUAGAAGUCUCAAGGGUCCUGUUCUUGUUUUAAGAGAAACUUUGAUUGACUUAGAAGGUAUUUUAGUGAGUUCUGAUGAUGAAAAUUUGAUCCAGGGUUUGAUUAUUGAGAAAAUUGUAAGACCUAUUGAAGAUCUUUGCGAGCAAAUGUCUGUUAUUGAGUCUAAAGCUGUAAAAUCUGCUGGAGACAGAUCUUUUAACCAAGGAAUUAGAAUUUCAUUGCUAGAUUCAAUUGGUGGACCUACUGAAGAACUGCUUAGAGGUAUAGAAUUGAUAAAACGACACAGAGGAAGAACUUCUGAGGAUCUAAAGUCUGAUUUGAUUGUCUUGGAGUCACUUACUGACCCAGUUGAUGAAAUCCUUGCUGGAUUGGCUAAAAUUGAACACGAUUUAAGGAGCAAAGAAGGCGAUGUUAUGGCUACUGUGCCCCAAAAUCCAAUUGUUUUGGAACGGACUUCUCGCGCUGUUUGCCAAAUAGGAGAUCAUGUUGAUGCGCUAAGAAGAAAUCCAAGAUUAAAUAACUUAGCUGAAGUAGUCAGCGUUACAGAAAGACUUGAAGCGGUUUACAAGAACUUGAGUUCGUUUGUUUCUUCUUUGUCGCUGAACAAAGUUACCGGUGUUCUUGAAAGCAAUGUUGAUGUUCUUUUCGUUGAGACUUUGGUCAAACCUUUAGAGGGGCUGUCUCGUGCUCUGAAUGAGCUUGUAGCUUCUCAGGUUGACCAAAGUCAGGUUAUUAAGGUUGAUGAUCUUCAGAAGUCUAUUUCUGAGCUGAAGAAUAAGUUGGAGACUUUGAAUGUAGCUCUAGAGACUUAUGAAGCAGAGUCUGGAGAGCGGGGAGUUACUGAAGGAAGCCGGGAGUUAGUUGGAUACUUAAAGUGGACUAUGGAGGAUGCUUUUGAUAAAUUGGUGAAGUUGCAGAAAAUUAAUGAAGCUAAGGUUGUUUUACUGGAUGAUCUUGCAUCAGUUCCUACUUCUUCUGAUGAAGAAGCAAAAGAUCAGAAUAUAAUUACGGAGCUUGAUAAAGAAGAUCAUAAAAGUGGUGCUUUAGAAGAAGAAAUAAAGAUUCUAGAAGAAAAAAUAUUUGAGCAAAGUAUUGAUGAAGAAAUUGAGUCCCAGUUUAAAGAAGAAAUAACUGAGAAUUUAGACACUGUUAUAAAAGCUAAAGUUAGAGUUGCAGCUGAAGAAUUGCACGCCUCAAAGCGCUCAAAGUAUAGAAACAGAAUGGUAUCAAUAGAUUCAAUAAUGCCAGAGCUUGAUGAAAGUUUGCCUCUUCCCGAAAUGCUGCUAGACCCUUUAAUAGAUGUCCAAGCUAAAUUAAACGUUGCUUUGCGUCAUUAUGAAAAUGAAGCUCCCAGUGAUCAGUCAUCUUUAUCAAUGACUGAAUUAUCAGGCUGUCUUAUAGAGCUCAGAGAAUCUGUAGCUUCAGCAGUUCACGUAGCCACUACCUUAAACGUCCCGGAUGUUAUCAACAGUAUCGUAGAACUCAGAGAGCCUUUAUUAGACCUGCAACUAGCUUUAGCUUCCGGAACUUCUGCUCAAGAAUCUAGUUUGAUUGAGGAAAGCGCUAGGCCUUUAAAUGAGCUCAAUGAGAUAAUUUCAGCUGUAAUUAGGUCUUCUUCAACUUCAGAAGCUUCUCAAGUUAUCCUGAACCAGGUUUCAAGGAUGAUGAGUGAGAUUCUUGAACAGCUUCCUGAAAUACCGGAUAAAAUGGCUGAAAUAGUGGUCAAAAUGGUCCCUAUUGCUCCGUCGGUAGAAGUAGAGCAGGCUGCUCUGGCGCUAGGGAGCGUGCAUUACGCUUUAUCUACCGCGGUAGAAAAGGCGGGAAAGUAUAGGCUUGUAAUGGAAGAUACUGAUGGUAAUAAAACGACUGCCGGUAAGUUAGUGACCUCUAUUGACGGCCUUAGGCAAUCUAUUGGGAAUUUAGCAGUCGCUAUUUCUUCUCCGCUGGUUCCUGAAGAAAAAGCUUUUGAGUAUGAUAUUAAUCUAGCUAUUGAAGAACUUGGAAAGCUUCAGGAGCCUUUAUUGAGUUUACAGAAGGUUCUUUUGAUUGAAAAACACGAUCCUGAAGAAAGACACGUCUUGAAUGACAUUACAAGCCCGCUAAAAGCUUUGAAAGAAGCUGUGUUGAGAAUUACUAAAGAAAAACGCGCUUCUGUUGUUGAUCUUCUUGAAGAUGUUGAGAAAGAUGUCGCUUUGGUUGCUAUGGAAGCUUUGAAGGUAGCGUUGGUCGGUAAAGUAGAUACCGAAAGUUCAGUUUCUGAUUCAGCGCCUGGAGAAGUUCCAGGUAUUAUUUCAAAGUAUCUAGAUCCGAUUGAAAAUUGGUUAUCGACGGCUCUGGAAGAGAACAAUGAGGAAGAAACUAGUUCUUUGGUAGUUCCGGUGAUUGACGAGCUGAAGAAAUGUUUGUUGAAGAUUGUAAUUCAGUCUUCUUAUUCAGAACCACCGAGUGACACUGCGUUGAUAGAGAAAUUUGCGGAAUUAAAGGAACCUUUGAUGAAAGUCAGGGAAACUAUUGCUGAGCAUCAUGAGCCAGAUGAUGUUCAGGUUCUGGAGAAUCUUGUUCAGCCGACGCAGCAUUUGUUGCAGACGAUUUUAGAAACUUCGACUAUGUACAAAGCUACUAGUCUUCUUCAGGGGGUUAUUGAGGUUUUAGAGGAGCUUGAAAAUCAAAUUGGGUUGUCAAUUAAAAUGGCAAAGUAUGCUAAAGAGCUCAGGGGAGUUGUUAGUACGAUAAAAGCGGAUGAGUUUGAUGAAGAGGUUGAGAAAAUGGAGUCCUGUUCGAUUACUGUUAGGGCUGAAGCUCAUGAAGUUGAUGUUACGGAGGUUGAGGAGCUGUCUAGAGAAGACUAUACGGAAGAAAUUAGUGAUGAGAAGUAUGAUGAGGUUGGAGAUGAAGAGAAGAGAAUUGGGGAUGAAGAAUUGUUGUUGGAGAGGUUAGAAGAUGAUAAAGAGAAAGUUAGUGAAGAAAUAAAGUCUGGUGAUGAUUUUAAAGUGAUUGUAGGUGAAGAAAUGAAUAAAGAAGCAUCUAGUAGUAAUAAAUCAAAAGUUGGUGAAGAAAAAAUAAAGUCUGGUGAUGAUUUUCAAGGAAAUUUGAGUGAAGAAAUGAAUAAAGAAGCAUCUAGUAGUAAUAAAUCAAAAGUUAGUGAAGAAAUUAAGUCUGGUGAUGAUUUUCAAGCAAAUUUGAGUGAAGAAAUGAAUAAAGACACAUUUAAAAGUCUUGUGGAAGCAUCCAGUAAUACUAGUAGUACUAAAUUAAAAAUUGGUGAAGAAGAAAUAAAGUUUGGUGAUGAUCUUCAAGCAAAUUUGAGUGAAGAAAUGAAUAAAGAAGCAUUCAGUAGUACUAAAUCAAAAAUUGGUGAAGAAGAAAUAAAGUCUGGUGAUGAUCUUCAAGUAAAUUUGAGUGAAGAAAUGAAUAAAGAAGAAUUUGAAAGUCUUGUGGAAGCAUCAAGUACUAGUUUGGUUAAAAAUGAGGAGUUAAAAAUGAAAGCAUUGGUUACUUUGAAGGAAGAUAUUCAAAAAUCUCCACCAUUGGUUAGUUUGAAGGAAGAUAUCGAAAAAUCUCCAACAUUGGUUAGAUCGGAAGAGUUGGAUCUCUGGACCUUGACAAUAUUGAAUCCUCUUGAUCGUUUAGCUGCAUCAACGCUGGCUUUAGACAGGUCUAUAGAUGAAAAAGUUCACGAACUAUUGUGUCGACCUUUAGAUUCUUUACACAAACAAAUCGAACUUGUGGAGUCGCAGAUAAAUCGCCCGGCUGGUCAGUCGCUUGAAAAUGAUGUAGAAACGAUUAUCGAAGGGUUUUUGUCGCCGUUAAAUCAAGUUGAAACAGCUCUUAUAACUGCAGCUACUGAAAUUUGGCAUGAAAUUCCUUUAGAAGAGACUGUGAAGAAAUAUCUGCAAGAUUUGGCAGAGUCGUCAUCUGAUUUGUGCAAGCAAUUGGAUUCAUUGAGAAGGAAAUUAAUUACUGAGGCACCUGAACAAAUUGUUCAAGUUCAAAAAACUGAGGCUUCAUUAAUAGAAACUAUUUCUGCUGUUAUUGUACCUUUGGAAGGGAUUCAAGAGUUUAUUGUUAAAAUGUUAGCUGAGGAUUUGGCUAAAGAACAAAUUGAUGUUGAGAUUCAAGAUCGGGAUAAUUUUAGCGACGCUAAUGAUACUAUUAGUAAGAAGGAUGUUAGUGAAGUAUCUAAGGAAUUAUUAUUAGAUCAAGAUGAUAAAUCGGAGGGUGAUAUUAAGCAGAUUGAAAAAACUACCGCGAGACCUCUUGAGGAACUUAUUGAGGCUAUUGUUGAUCCUGCUAGUGUUAGGAAUUCUACUACGCCAGAUGAUAUUGAAGAGAUAGAUGGCGUUGCAGCUGGAGAUGAGAUUGAAAAGGACAAAGAAGAAAUGGUGAAGUUUGAAGAACAAGACUCAGAAAUAUACAAAGAAGUUGUUGGUCCUGAAAGUAAAGAAGAAAUAUACAAAGAAGUUGUUAGUCCUGAAAGUAAAGAAGAAAUAUAUAAAAAAGUUGUUGGGACUGAAAGUAAAGAAGAAAUAUACAAAGAAGUUGUUGGUCCUGAAAGUAAAGAAGAAAUAUACAAAGAAGUUGUUAGUCCUGAAAGUAAAGAAGAAAUAUAUAAAAAAGUUGUUGGGACUGAAAGUAAAGAAGAAAUAUACAAAGAAAAAGUGAAAGAAAUGACUUUAAAAAGUUAUGAAGAAAUUCAAGAAUCCGUUCCAACGGAAAUUUCUUCUGAUAUUGUUCAAGAUCUUCAACAAUAUAAGCUUCAAGUUACUGAAGUUGAAAGUCUUGAAGAACUGACUCUUCAACAAGGUACUGAGAUGCCAGUGAUGGAUUCAGGAGACUCUAAAGAAGACAAUAAUGGUUUAAUUGUUCAAGAAGUUCAGGAACAAACUGUUAGUUCAAAAGAAGAUGAUGUUUUAACGGGUGAAGAAAUGGUUGAAGGUGAUUUUGUAGUAAUUCAAGAAAAUAGUAAAGCAGCUUCUGAAAUUCUCUUGAAAGAAGAAGUAAAAGUUGUGAAAGAAGAAAUAGAAGUUGUAAAAGAAGAAUUGGAAGUUGUAAAAGAAGAAUUGGAAGUUGUAAAAGAAGAAAUAAGCAGUAAAGAUCUUUUGAAUAAAGUUGAAGGAAUUGUUAGAAGUGAACUUGACCGACAAAAUGCUACAGUACUUGAAAAUGAAGAGUUGAUAGACAAUGUAAAAGUAGCGGUUGAAGAAAUGAUGGUCAAAUAUCCGCAAAUUUGUCAAGUUAAUGUUUUUGAAGAAAGUGUUAGAGAUGUUGUUGUAGAGGAACUUCAAAAGAUGAAGAGUUUCCAGGAAAUUGAGAAGAUGGCUGUGGUGGAAUCUGAUGAAUUUAGUGAAGAAAAGAUAAGGGAAAUUAUUUAUGAUGAAAUUUCUAAGCAAAAUGUUAAGCUGGUUGAUGAAAAGGAUCUUUUGGAGGUUGUUAAAGGAAAAGUUCAACAAGUGAUUCUUCAGGCACCAAAAGUAGCUCAGAUGUUGAGUAUUGAAGAGAAUAUCCGUGAAAUAGUUACGGAGGAAUUGCAUAAAUUUGAAGGUAAAGUAAAAGCUGAAGAAACAACUUUGGGUGAUUUAGAAGUGAUUGCUAAAGAAGAAAUGAGUCAAAAAGUGGCAAAUAUUGUCGCCGCUGAUAUUACAGAUGAAAAAGUUGAUGAGCUUGUGAUUAAAGAAUUGCAAAAGCAACGAGUGGAAUUAUCUGAAAAUAAGCUUGUGGAUGUAGUCAAAACUAAAGUGCGGGAAUUGGUUGUUAUUUUGCCGGAAGUUAAGGAAGAAACAGUAUUGGAAGAGAAUAUUAGAAAUAUUGUUGCUGAAGAACUGAAAAAAGUAGCUUUGGGAGUUGAGGAUGUGCAAAAUUUGGUAAAAGCUGAAUCAAGUAGUGCGGAAGGAAUUAUUCAGCCGAUUGUAGGAGAGAAUUUUGAAGAAAAAGUUAAAGAUAUGAUUGUCGAGGAGUUCAAACGACAGGAAUUCUAUCCUAUUGAAGAUCCUCUUGUUAAAGAAAUUAAGAUACAAGUUCAGGAGAUUGUUUUAUUGUCUUCUAGUUCUUCAGAUGACAGAAUUAAAGAAGAAAUCCUUGGAAGUAUUGUUUCUGCAGAAGUUGAGAAACAGGUUGCUGUUUUGAAGGAUGUGGAGGGUCUUAGUGAAGCUAAGCAAUCUCAAGAAACUGCUAUCAAGGUUGGGAUAGAUAAAGAAGAUAAUGUUAAAGAAGAAAUUGAAGAUCUGGCAAGAAUUGGUAAAGAAGAACAAGCUAAAACAGAUAUUCAAAAAGAGAAGGAGCAUGUAGAACAGAAACAAGGUGUUUUGAAAAGUUUUGUAGUGUCUGAAGAUAUGAUUAGAGAGGAAUUGAAGAAACAAGAUCUUUAUCCUGUUGAAGAUCCUUUGGUUAAAGAGAUCAAAGCCAAGGUUGAAGAAGACAUUUUGCUUUCUUCUUUUGUGCCUGAAGAAAUGGUUCAAGAAUUGAUUUCUGUAGAAGUUAACAAACAUGUUGCAGAAUUGAAAGAAAUUGAAGUUCUUAACAAGGCGAAGGAAGUUUCAGUUGUCUCGCAAGUUAAAAAAGAAGAAGUUUCUUUAAAUGAGGCUAAAAUUGAGAAAUCUGAUGUCAAGGAUGUUAAAAGUCAAGAAGAAAUAAAAAGUAUAGGAAUUUCUGAAGAUAUGAUUAGAGAGGAAUUGAAGAAACAAAAUGUUUAUCCUGUUGAAGAUCCUUUGGUUAAAGAGAUCAAAGCUAAAGUUCAAGAGGAAAUUUUUUUGUCUUCUCAUACGACGGAAGAAAAUAUUCCAGAAGAAAUUAUUCGGGAUUUGGUAUUAGUUGAAGUCGAAAAGCAUGUGGCUAAAAUAAAAGAAGUUGAAAACUUUGGAAGUGUUCAGGAUAAUUUAAGUGUUUCUCAUGAAGAGGGGAGAAGAAAAGAAGAUCAAGCUUCGCUUCAGGAAGAAGCAGGAAUUAGCAUUGAGGAAGAUGAAAGUAAAGAAGGUAAAGGUAAGAAACAAUCAGAUUUAUUACAACGAUUGGUUGUAUCUGAAGAUAUGAUUAGAAAUGAGUUGAAAAAGCAGCAGCUUUAUCCAGUGGAAGAUCCACUAGUUAAGGAUAUUAAAACUAAGGUCCAAGAAGUUAUUCUUAUGUCCUCCCACACUUUAGAAGAAAACAUUCCGGAUGAAAUUAUUCGAGAGUUAAUUUUGGUAGAAAUUGAAAAACAUGUUGCUGAAUUGAAGUAUGAUGAUAGUAUCAAUGAAGUUGAAGGAAGUAAAGAGUCAAUUGGAUUGCUUCAGAAAGAAAGUGGUUCUAAAGAAGAAAUAAAAGAUGCAAUUGGUUUGCUUCAAAAAGAAAGUGUUUCUAAAGAAGAAAUAAAGGAUGCAAUUGGUUUGAUUCAGAAAGAAAAUGUUUCUAAGGAAGAAAUAAAAGAUGAUUUGACUUUAAAUUUGAAAGAGAAAAUUGAAAAAAGAGUACAAAAAGAUGAAGUAGCAUCUCAAAAACAGAUUGUUGAGCCAAAAGAUAUUGUGAUGGAGACUCAAGUGCUUGAACAAGAAGAAAAGACGGCUAUAGUUUCUCAAUACACGAUUUCUGAAGAGAAAAUUCAUGAGUUAGUUAUUAAUGAAAUCGAUAAACAAAAUGCUAAGUCGAUUGUUGAUAAUGAACUGAAAAAUAAAAUCACUUUAGAGAUUCAAAAGUUGAUUAUUAGUCGUCCAGAAAUUGUUAAAGAAGAAACACUUGAAAGUAGUGUUGGAGAAAUUGUACGGGAAGAAAUACAAAGGCAAGCGAAGUUAGUGGAAGAAAAGAAGAAAAUUUCUGAAGAUGUUGUUCAUGACAUCAUUAUUGCGCAUUUGAAGAAACAAAAUGUUAAUACUUCUGAAGAAGCUGAUAUUUUGAAUACAGUUGAGGAAAAAGUAGAAAAUUUGAUGGGCAAAUGUCCGGAAAUGUGUACAGUAGAUGUAAUUGAAGUUACUCUUGAAGAAAUUGUCAGAGAAACUUUAUCUGAAAGAGCUACGAGUCAGAAAUUGAAUGUUCUGACUGUUUCAUCGGAAAUUCAUGAAGAAGUUCCUGAAGAAACUAUUCAUGAAAUGGUUAUUGAUGAAGUUCAUAGGAAAAAUAUUGAGCCUACUGAAGAGUACAGAAUUAUUGAGAGAAUCGAAGCGAAAAUACAGCAAUUGAUUCUUCAGCAUCCUGAAAUAUCUGGCUUGAAUUUCCUUUCUGAAAAGGUUCAUGAUUUUGUGGAGGAAAUUGUGGAAGAGGAUAAAGCGGAGGUUGUUGAAAUUGAGAAGUUACUUCGAGCUGAAGAAGAUAAAAGAGAGAUUGAGGUUUUGGAAAUGCCUUUGGUUUCUGAAAGUGAAAAGAUUGUAGAGGAAGAAAUUGGUGAAAAAAGAAUUAAAGCUGAAGCGAAGGAUGUUGAUGAUUCAGAAUCUAAAAUAUCUAAACGGGUUAUUACUGUUGAUACAGAAGUAUGUGAAGUACAAAAAGAUGAAGAAGUUGUUGAUGCUACUGUUGAAGAAGAAAUCAAAAAAUCUCUAAGGGAAGUAGACAAAAAGUCUGAAGAAACAAUUGAAGUGUCUGAAGAUAAGAUUCAAGAAGAAAAUAAACAAAAAAUUGAAGAAAUUGAAGAUAAAGAUGGUGGAAAAAUUAAUAAAGGUAUAUCUGAGAAGAAAAAGCGAGAAGAAAUUGAAGAAAUGGGUGAUAAUGAUAAAAUUGUUCAAGAAGAAAUCAAAAAUGAAUUUAUUGAAAUUGUUGAGCAAGUUAAAGUUGAAGAAACAUCUAAAAAGAAAGUUAUUGAAAGUGAAGAUAAGAUUAGAGAGGUACAAGAAGAUAAAGGUUUGGAAGAAAUGGAUAGGAAGAAAGAAGAAAUUAAAGAAACUGUAAUUAAUCAGAAGAAAGGUUUGGAAGAAAUGGAUGUUAAAAAGGAAGAAGAAAUUAAAGAAACUAAAGUUGAUCAGAAGAAAGAGAAAGUUCAAAUUUUAAGAGUUCCUUCGGAAACUCACGCUCACAUUUGGGAAGAAAUGGUUCAUGAAAUAAUUGUCGGAGAAAUUCAUAAAUUGAAUAUUGAACCUUCUAAAGAAGACAAUCUUAUAAAAGCUGUUGAGUUUAAAGUUCAAGAUUUGAUUGCUCAGUUUCCGGAAUUGUCUAAGGAAGAAGUUAUAGAAGAAAAUGUGAAGCACAUUGUAGCUGAACAGCUACAAGAAGAGAGGGCAAAAGCUUCUGAAUUUGAUGAGACAAUGGAUAAAGCACAAGUAGAAACAAAAGUAGAAGUCUUGCAAACUCCUGCGACGACUCAGAUCCAAAUUCCGGAAGAAAUGGUCCAUGAUUUGAUAAUUGAAGAGCUUCAGAAACAAGAUGUACAAAUUUUAGAAGAAAAUAAUUUGGUUAAGGCGAUAGAAAGCAAAGUUAAUGAUUUGAUUGCUCAACAUCCGGAAGUAUCUAGAGAAGAAAUAAUAGAAGAAAGUGUUCGUGAAAUAGUUACUGAAAAAUUACAAGAGCAUAGAGCUAAUGUUCUUGAAGCUGAGAAGCUUGAAAGAGCUCAAGCUGAUGAGCUGAAGAAGAAAGUUGAAGUGCUGAAUGUGCCUGCUUUGACCCAGGUUGAGGUUCCUGAAGAAAAUGUCAGGGAUAUGAUUAUCGAAGGGUUCAAUAAGCAAAAUAUUGAACCUCUUACUCAUGAAAAUCUUGUUAAGGCUGUUGAGGCUAAAAUUAAAGACUUGAUUGCUCAGCAUCCUGAUAUUCGUAAGAGUGACGUUCUUGAGGAAAAUGUCAGGGAUAUUAUUACGGAAGCUUGGGCUGAGGAGCGAGCUAGUGUUGUUGAACAGGAGAAACUUGCUGAGGUUAGGGAAGAAAUUGUUAAUAAAACGGAAGUUGAAGUACUGCGUAUGCCUGAUGAACCUGCUAAGAUUAUUGAAGAAAUUGAUCAAGGAGUUGAUGUUAAGGAUGCUUUGAAGGUAAAAAGAAAAUCAUCUGAUAAAGGAGAGGAUAAAAUGGAAAAAGAUAAGCGGGAAGAAGAGUCUCCUAAAGAUAAAUUAGAAAAAAGUAGUAAAGAUGAUGAAGAAAAUAAGAGAGCUUCGGUUAAAAUUAAAUCUAGAAAGUCUGAGGUCGAGGAUAAAGGUGUUGAAGAUAAGAAUCGAGAUUCUAUUAAAGGAAGGAAGAAAUCUGACGAUAAGAAUAAAGAAGAAAUACGACGGACGUCUUUGGAAGAAAAGACUGAAGAUAAUGGCGAAGAUGUUGAUAAAAAAAGACGAGAAUCUUUGAAAAAAUCUGAAAAGUCAGAAGAAAAGAAUGAUGUUGAAGAAAAACGACGAUCUUCUUUGAAGAAAGAAGCUGAAAAUAAAAAAGAGAUUGAAGAAAAAACUCGAGAUUCUUUAAAGAAGAAACAUUUUGAAGAAUUGGGUGAUGAAAAUAAAGAAGGAGAAAAACGACGAACUUCUUUGGAAGAAAAGGCUGAAGAUAAUGACAAAGAUGUUGAUAAAAAAAGACGAAAGUCUUUGAAAAAGUCUGAAAAGAAUGAAGAAGCUGAAAAGAAGAAAGAUAUUGAAGAAAAAACUCGAGAUUCUUUGAAAAAGAAACAUUCUGAAGAAUUGGGUGAUAAAAAUGAAGAAGAAAAGCGACGAACUUCUUUGAAAGGUAAAGAUAAGGAUAUUGAAGAAAAAACUCGAGAUUCUUUAAAGAAGAAGAAACAAUCUGAAGAAUCUGAUGAUAAAAGUAAAGGUGUUGAAGAAAAAAGACGAACAUCUUUGAAGGAAAAAGUUGAAGAUCAGAAUAAGGAUGUUGAAGAAAAACGACGAGAUUCUUUGAAAAAGAAAUCUGAAAAGAAUGAAGAAGCUGAAGAGAAGAAAGAGGUUGAAGAAAAAACUCGAGAUUCUUUAAAGAAGAAACAUUCUGAAGAAUUGGUCGAUAAAAACAAAGAAGAAAAGCGACGAACUUCUUUGAAAGAUAAAGAUAAGGAUAUUGAAGAAAAAACUCGAAAUUCUUUAAAGAAAAAGAAACAAUCUGAUGAUAAAAGUAAAGAUGUUGAAGAAAAAAGACGAACAUCUUUGAAGGAAAAGGCUGAAGAUAUGAAUAAGAAUAAGGAUGUUGAAGAAAAACGACGAGAUUCUUUGAAAAAGAAGUCUGUAAAGUCUGAAGAUAAAGAUAAAAAUCAAGAAGAAGAAAAACGACGAACAUCUUUGAAAGAUAAGGAAGAAAAAUCUGCAGAUAAGGGUAAAAUUGAAGAAAAACGUCGAACAUCUUUGAAAGAAAAGGACGAAAGUAAUGACAAAGAUGCUGACAAAAAAAGACGAACAUCUUUAAAGAAGAAAUCCGAAAAAUCUGUAGAUAAUGAUAAAGGUGUUGAAGAAAGGCGGCUGUCUCUUAAAAUGAAGUCUGAAGAAAAAGAAGAAACAAAAGUUAGACAGCUAGUUAGCCAAAAAACAGACAAGGAAUCUAAAAUAAUUGAUGCGCCUAAAGAAGAAAAGGAAGGACUUAAAAAAGAUAGCAUAUUUCAAUUGGACAAACCUGUUGUACAAAAGACUGAUGAAAAAUCACGAGAUACCAAAGAAGAAUAUCAAAGAGUCAAUGAAGACAAUCAAGUAGCUGCUAAACAACCGGAUUUGAAAUUACCAAAGGCAACUGUAGAUUCAGAAUUAGAUUCUGAAUUUUCUGAGUCUUCAGUAUCAACUUUGAAGAAUGUAUCUACCAAAGAAAGAUAUAAGCGAAGUAAUCCUCCGAUGAUAGAAAUAGAUUACGACGAAUCAUCACCAAGAGAACCAUCUCGGCGUUCAAACUUGUCACGGAAGUAUCGCGAUUUGGAAUCAAUUGAGCUUGAUGAUAAAAGUCUGGGCGUGUAUUCUACAGACACCAGUCGGACGGCAGGAGUCUCUCAUGGCCCGCGAGAUCGCGGGAAGAAACCUUCUUUCUGCACAAAACUGACCGACAGAACCGCAGCCGAGAGUUCGAGGAUAAAAUUAACUUGUGCUGUUCUCGGAGAACCUGAACCUGCAGUUUAUUGGUUAAAAGACGGGAAGUUGCUACCGCCAUCUAGUAACAGGCAUGGAACUACGUUGGAAAAUGGCAUGGCGUCUUUAGAACUCUACACUGUAAGACCGUCGGACACUGGAGAGUACUCUUGUAUUGCAAGAAAUCCUCACGGCCAAGCUUGUACUGAAGCUAAGUUGAAGGUUUACGCCGGGUAUGAGCCUACUCCGACGACUCCAACGUUCACCAGGACCAUCAAAGACACUUAUCUUCGCGAAGAAAACACUCUGGUCCUCGAGUGCCGGGUUAGGGGUCAACCGACGCCUGCAAUAACUUGGCUGAAGGACGGACAAGUUUUGGAAAUAAGCGAUCGCUAUCAGCAGUGCGAUUUGCCCGAUGGACUUUGUAGAUUGAAGAUUUUUAAUCCUGAUUUUUAUGACAGUGGUCUGUACACUUGUCGCGCGGAAAAUGACACUAAAUUGAGUGAUCGGACGUCGCAUUUAGUUGACUUUGAAGCUACAGGUCGGGCGGCACAAAGCAGAAGUUGGCGUGGCAACAGUUACAACGAUAUUACAAGUACCGAAAAGGACACUGGAAGACCUCGUUUCUCUAGUUACUUGACAGAUCACAGUGUACCGGUAGGUGGGACAAUCGCACUCCAAGUCGAAGUCAAAGGAGUACCGCCACCCGACGUCACGUGGAUGAGGGCUGACAAAAAAGGCAGCAUUGCUGUUCCUAAAGCUCGAACUUUCGCCGACUCUGGUGUUUACACUUUAAUUGUUCCUGAUGCAACUGAGUAUGAAACUGGUACCUAUGUCUGCCGCGCGAGUAAUUCUUAUGGGCAUGUUGAUUCUACUGCGACUGUUGAAGUCGUGUCUGGAUCUAUGGGAGACGGUGGAAAACCCGCGAUGUUCGUAUCUAGGCCGCCUGAUAAAGUUAUUAUUGUUGCUGUCGGAGAAGAUGUUAGUGUGUCUUUCAGGACAAAUGGGAUUCCCAAACCUAAAGUUAUUUGGAUGAAAGGACUAAGAGACAUAACCAGCGGACCAAGAUCUUACAAAGAGGGACACGAUGAUUACGUGAGACUGACACUGAAAAGAGCGUGCCCGUCAGACGAAGGGACCUAUUGUAUUCUUGUAAAAAAUCGUUAUGGAUGUGAUAGAAGUUUCUUCUCAGUUCAAGUGAAACAGAGAGCAAGAUCAUUGACGCCUUCUCCAGAUUGGGGUUCUGUCGACACUGACAGCUUGUUGGCCAACAUCCACGACAAAGAGCGCUCGUAUUUGAAACAAGUUCCUGGGCCGAUUUCAACUGAACCAGUGGUAAUUGACGGUGGCCGUAAUUGGUUAGCAUUAACCUGGGGUAAAGCAGAGCAAAGAGGAUCCGCACCUGUGGUGGCUUACCGCGUUGACGGGUGGCUUUUGGGAGGCGAAGGAGGCGCUAGAUGGGUCGAGCUUGGAGUAACUCCAAUUAACGCGUUUGACGCGUUCAAUUUGCGACCUGGCGAAGAAUAUAAAUUCCGCAUCACUCCCAGGAAUCGUUAUGGAUGGGGUGAAUCGGUGACUAUGACCAAUUCUGUCACUGUAAGAGAAGUUGUUAAAUUUCCGGAGUUUACUAAAAUACUUCCGGGGCAACUCAAAGCUUUGGAAAAAACUGUUUUAAGUUUGGACUGCGAAGUAAGCAGUGACUCAUUAGCGCACGUUAAAUGGUAUCGUGACACAACAGAGAUAGAAAAUGGUCAAGACUCAAGGUUUACAACUUAUUUCAACGGUACCAAGUGUACACUGAUGAUUGGUAACAUAUCAGAAAAUGAUUCAGGGCGAUAUGUAUGUGAGGCUACUAAUGCAGCAGGAAGAGUGUCUACGUUUGCGCGGGUACAAGUUGUUGAGGAUCCUAAAAUUGUUGAGGCUGAUUUGAAACUUCGUAAAAUGAGAUCAUCAGACGUAGCAAAUGAAGAGCGACCACCUGAAUUCACAAUGAGACUCCGGGACAGGCGAGUCCAAGCAACCUAUCCAGUGAGAUUGACAUGUCAAGUGACAGGAUAUCCCGAGCCAGAAGUAACCUGGUACAAGUAUCGCGAGGAACUUUACUCCCAAGAGAAUAUAUCAAUUUGGAAUGACGAGGCUCACUUUCACACACUGGAAAUAAAUCGAUCAACGAUUGAUGACUCUGGUAUUUACAUGGCACGCGCUAAAAAUAUUUAUGGAUCUGUAUCUUGUCGUUGUCAUUUAACUGUUGACAAGGGAAUUCGUGCCUACAUUGCUCCUGAAUUCCUACGUCAUCUCGACUCUAUUUACACUGUCAAAGCUGGCGGCGAGCUGCGUAUGACCGCGCAAAUAGAAGCUUAUCCCACUGUUGGAGUUACUUGGCACCGAGACGGUCAUCGCCUGCGUCCGAGCCGCGACGUGGUAAUGACUUUGAACCACGAUGGAUCCGUUGAACUUGACUUGGCUCACGUGACACCUAGGGACGCCGGAUUGUAUUGUUGCACUGCUACCAAUGAAGUUGGUCAAGCCGAGACAACAACUCGCGUGACAGUACUUGAUAAUGAUGAUAUUAAAAGCAGUGAUAUUAAUCAAUCAGCCGCCGAUGAGUCAUUAGACAUACCCUACUCAAAAGAGCCAGUAUUCGUAACGAAGCCGCUCUCAACAGAAGCAUUUGAAGGUGACACAGUGAUAAUAUCAUGCGAAGUCGUCGGAGAUCCAAAACCGGAAGUCAUCUGGCUCCGCGAUUUUCUACGGCCGGAUUACUACAAAGACGCUCCGCAUUUCCGAAGAGUUGGAGCUGGACCGCAGUAUCGUCUUGAAAUUCCCUACGCAAAAUUAGACUUCACUGGUACUUAUUCAAUAAUUGCUAAAAAUUGUCAUGGAGAAGCUAAAGCCGUAAUUUCACUACAAAUUUACGCUCGAGGCCAAGGAAAAGAGGACAGCGGUAUGGAAUCAACAAUAAAACACGGUAAUGUCCAGACCUUGCCGGUGAUUAAGCGGCCGCUUCGAGACUUGAGAUGUUGUGACGGCGACGCCAUCACCUUGGUGUGCAAGCUCCACGCGAAACCGGAACCAGACAUCAGAUGGGAGAAAGGAGGAAAACUCUUGCCUCUUGGGGGUGAUUUUGCAACUGACUUUGAUGGAGAGACUGCCAGGCUCAGUAUUCAGCAUGUUUAUCCGGAAGAUGAGGGAGAGUACACCUGUGUUGCUUACAAUGAGUUGGGAAAAGCUUACACCUCCGCUUGUGUAAUAGUAGACGUACCUGAAGGUAAGGAAACUGCGUUGAGCAGAAGUCUAAUAAAACCUCCAGGUUUUCUGUCAGCAAACUCGACGCCUAUAUCAACACCACGAUCAACUCCAGUGAGAAGUCUCUCACCUUCGUGUUGCAAGCGUGAAGUAAAACCAGUUACAAAGACAGCUCGUGGAUAUACGGGUGGAAGACGACCACGAAUGCCCACCAGUCCUAAAUUCUACGCCGUACCUCACAACAAAGUUGCCGAAGAAGGUGAAACGGUGAGGUUCCAGUGUGCUAUUGCCGGACAUCCUGUGCCUUGGGUUACUUGGGACAAAGACGGAAUUUCCAUUACGCCAACUGCGAGAAUCUCUUUAAAGGAAAGUGAUGACGUAAGAAUUUUGGAAAUAACGGAAAUUACUCAUGAAGAUGCGGGACUCUAUCGAGUUACUUUGGAAAAUGAUGUCGGAAGAACUGAAGCUACUGCGCGGUUGGAAAUAAUUAAAGGUCGUCGUAGUUCCAUUUCAAGACCAAUCCGUACCAGGAGUGCAUCACCAAGGACUUAUUCUAUUUACGGUGGAAGAAAUCCAAGUCCUACACCGAGAUCCGAUAGUCGAUUACAGCCUCCACGAAUUAGUGACAACUAUUCAGGAGGAAGAGGAACGAGUCCUACGCUUCCUCGAUGGCAUUAUAGGAAUGGUAAUGCUGUCAAUGACGAAAAAAUAAACGCUAAGACAAGUUCUACGGAACUUAACAAACCUCGUAGUUCUUCAGUACCAAGGCAUUGCAAAAUGGAACGUGAAAAAUCAAAUGUUAAACAAGUUUCUGAAUCUCCGAUAAAGAAUAGAAAAACUCGACCAUCCCAACAUGUCACUUCUCCAACUCAGUCUUCAGCCAGAAAAACUUCAAUACCAGUGAGACGAAAGUCUUCUGUAAAGCUGAAUAGCAAUAAACAAGAUAAAAUUGAUUCUAAAGACAAAGAAAAAAAUUGUAAUUCUAAGGACAAAAAUUUGAAGAAGAAAGUUAAGGAAGAGCUUAAGUCGCCGGUGAUCUUGACUGUUCCAGCGGAUAUUAUUGCGUUGAGAGGUGCUAAAGUUAUGCUUUUGGCUACUUAUGAUGGCUAUCCUAGACCAACUGUUAGAUGGCUGAGAAAGGGUCGUGAUGUGACAUUGGAUGAUAAAACCGAAAUUGAAACCAGCGCAGGUCUCACCUGUCUGACCUUGCUAAAUGUGACGACCGAGGAGGCAGGAAAAUACGAGGUGUUUAUUGAAAAUAAACUGGGAAAAGAUUCGCGACACGUCAACGUCACUGUCGAAGGUCCUCCAGAACCUCCGGCAGGUAGUCCAGCAAUCCAGAUUAUUAAGGACUCGAGAGGCGUGACGUUGAGUUGGAGAUCCCCAGUUUACGACGGCGGUUGUGCUGUCACGGGUUAUUCAGUCGAGAUGAGACGAGGCGAGGAGCCGUGUUGGGUCGCUGUAGCAGAAGCUAAACACUCGCUCAGUCAUACCAUCAGUGGACUCGAUCCCGAAGAGUCCUACCAAUUUCGCGUAAGAGCUGAAAACAUUCAUGGCUUAAGUGAACCAGGAAUGGAAUCCGAGACAGUGAUAAUCACGAAAAGUGAAACGAGGAAGAUAACGAGCAAUAUAUCAGGAUUUAGUUUGGAUCCUGAUGAAGACACCGAAGACAAAAUAGAGCCGGCGUACGAACCGUGUGUUGUUGCGCCUGAACCCGGAUUUUUGUUCGACGAACGCUACAAUGUGCUCGAAGAACUCGGCAAGGGCAAGUACGGAGUCGUUAGGAGGAUUGUUGACAAAUCUAAUGGGUCAAGCUUUGCCGCUAAAUUCAUACGGACGAUCAAAGCCAAAGACCGCCAGCAGGUUAACGAUGAGAUAAAUAUUAUGAAUAUGCUGAGGCAUCCUAAAUUGCUGAGAUUAAUUGCUGCAUUUGAGAGCCCCAGAGAAAUGAUUAUGGUGACAGAGUAUAUUUCUGGUGGUGAAUUGUUUGAACGUGUUGUCGCUGAUGAUUUUACUCUUACGGAAAAAGACAGUAUACUUUUUGUGAGACAAAUUUGUAUGGGAGUUGAUUAUAUGCACGACAAUCUGGUUGUUCAUUUAGAUUUGAAACCGGAAAACAUAAUGUGUCAUACGCGAACGUCUCAUCGAAUAAAAUUGAUAGACUUUGGGCUGGCGCAGACAUUGAAACCCGACACACCAGUACGUGUAUUAUUUGGGACUCCAGAAUUCAUUCCGCCGGAAAUAAUUGGCUUUGAACCAAUUGGUACCGAGUCUGACAUGUGGAGUGUCGGAGUUAUUUGUUAUGUUUUAUUAACUGGACUUUCACCUUUUAUGGGUGAAAAUGACGCAGAGACUUUUGCUAAUAUCACUCGAGCAGACUUUGACUUUGACGACAAAGCGUUUAGCGCGAUAUCUGAAGAAGCUAAGGAUUUUAUCAGCGGCCUUCUUAUCAAACGAAAAGAGUUGAGAAUGUCUGCUAAAGAGUGUCUGAAGCAUCCAUGGCUUGCACAACGCGCUGAAAGCAUGAGUAGAGUCGCUCUACCAACAGAUAAACUCAAGAAGUUUAUUGUCAGACGAAAGUGGCAGAAAACAGGUAACGCAAUUCGCGCUCUAGGAAGAAUGGCUAUUCUUUCAGCAAAUAGCAGAAAAAAUACCGAGUCGCUGAGUGACGUCACUAAAGAAAGUGAAGAAACCACUCCGACAAACGAAGACAUAAUUAUUACAGAAGAUUCUCUGGAUGAACCUAUUAACACAAUUAACCUUGAUAAUUUAGAAUUUUCUAACGGUAGAAUAAGUAAAGCAGAUUCCGAUGAAUUACAAAUAACCGAGCUGUCGUCAGACGAGUGCGUAGACUCUCAUGACAUUGAUAAUUACGACUCAUCGACAAUUAUAGAAACACAGAGAUCUAUUAGUCCAGAUGAUUUUACGAAAAUCGAAGAUAAGAUCGAUGACGAUUUAUUAUCCAGCGAUUUUAAAAAAAUUAAAAUUAUUUCUGAUGACGCCAGCAAUAAGACGGACACAUUUAUUUCAGAAUUAAAUUCGAGCGAAGAAAAUAUUUAUACGGUUGAUAUUAGCACGGAAAGUCUGAAGACUACCACGGAAAUUCACGAAGAAUUUUCCGAAAAUUAUUGCAGUAUUACAAGCUUGCAUAUUAAUGAACCAUCGUUUGAGGUCAAAGAAGAAAUAACAAUCAGUCGUAUUAGUCUUCAAGAUAAAGAGGAUAACAAAUUUGUUAAUUUAAUAGACAAACAAAAUUUAAAGAGUAAAUCAUCGAUUGCUAAUAAUAAUGAUAAUGAUAAUAAUAAUGAUGAUGAUAAAGUUCCAGCUACGCGCCCUAAUUUUAUUCCAAUAGAAAGUAAUACUAAUUCGCAUGGAAGUGUGUGUAAGCCUUGGUGUAAAACUAAUUCUUCAAGUUUAGACAACGAAGAAGAAAUCUCACGGGUAAGAGGCCACAGUCCACUGCAUAGAGUAGUACGUACCGGAAGUGUUAGCCGAACGGCGAAGAUGUUUGAACAAGAACAAGUAUCUUCAUCGGUUAGACAGCAGUUGAGUCCAGGCAGCCGAAUUGUUCUUCCCGCAGCAAACGCACGACCUCACAAUGAAAGAGUUCGAAAAGCGUUUGCUUUUUGGAAUAAGUAAAAUAAUAUUAAUAAGUAAAAUAAUAUUCGAUAACGAAUAAAUAUUUAAUUCAUAACACGAGCAA